AUGGUUGGGAAUAGUUAUCUGGACAGUCUGUCGACCGAGAAAAUGGCGAUAGAUCAGUUGAUUGAUGCGUAUCGGUUGAGGGUGGAGGAUGAGAGGAUGUAUUGCGGGAGGUUGAGGGGGCGAUAUGCAACCAAUAACCCUGACGAUAACAGCAGUCAGGCUCUGCAAUACGCUUUUCAGGAUUUCUGCGACUUUCUAGAUCUGGCUGACUCCAGACCUAACAACCAAGAGGAUGAUGAAAUUUCAUCAUCCUCGUCCCCCUCUUCAUCAACUACACAUGACAACGACACAGACACCAAUUCAGCAUCGUCACCAACACCAUCCUCGUCAUCAUCAUCAUCAUCUACAGCAAUAAAAAACAAACAAAGCAUCCUACCUCGAUGGUGGAAUGCCGAAAAACGAGCGUAUUGUGAACGGCGUGCUUUGAACCAAACCGCAGACCAAAGUCUAUGGUCUAAUUUAUUGCGUCCAGCCGGCAAGGAUGAUAUCCUUGAACAUUACCAAGAUCAGUCUAUGCCCAUGAAACUUCGGAUGUUAGCUGAGCGGGUGUAUGGGUCAGAUGUUAUGGGCGGACAGCCCCAUUAA